CGCAGCAGCGAGGCACGGCCGGUGCAGGGACUGGUUGAAGGAUGGCCUGCCGGGAUGUUCUCGCAAAGCAAGAUACCAUGGUGGAGGUUGACUGAAUUUUGACUGCGGGCUAUCCGUCGUCUGAAGUAUUUAGGUUUGGAAGAUGGCUGGAGUCUGUUAAAUUGAGAAGAGAGAAAGAGAGAGGAAGAGAGAGCAGAUGAGAUGAAACUUGACCGACAUGCCUUGCUUUGAGUUGCUUGCGUAUCUACCUGGCGUGUCGCGUUUGAGGUGUCGUAUUUUGCAUUCAUGUCUCUGGUUGAAAGGUGUCGAAGCAGUGACAUCGGGAACGCACAUGAGGGACAUCGGGGACCAUAUGCGGCUGCAUUGCGGCAUACCUGACGGUUCUGACCUGAGGGCUAAGGCCGGUGGCCCCGGGUGGGUUUGGAGGUUGCUGGUCUUUCCCUCUUUGGCCCGUUUGGAUCAGGAACAAGACUUGGCAGGCAUUCGACGAUAUGAAAGGAAGCAGCCAGCAUUCCCGGACUGGAAGCAUCCGCUGCCGCUUUCCGGGAGUAUUUUGUAUUCGUCCUUGGUAGCUGUUAUUAGCACCGCGAUGCACAGAGUAUGGCCAGCUCUAAGGGCUUUAGGCUUUUUUGUUCGUGCCAGGGGUCCCUCGAGGAUCGGGGACUUUGUGGUCCCUGCGAGCCAGAGAGGGCAGCGGCUCAGCAAUUCGCAAUCUCAACGGGCAUGUACCGCAGCAGUUGCGAAAUGACUGAGACACGGGAGAUGAUGGACGGCAUAAGCCGCCUUGUCCCUCUCGAGCACGCGACAAAAGUUAGAACUUUCAGAAGCUGUCGGUUUGUCGGUUUGUCGAGACUCGGAGGACUCAACGGGCCUAAAGCCAUUCUCUCUACUGUCCGCAUAGGUUUUCAUAUGGUUGGGCCAAU